AUGCCCCCCAAGCGUCCCUUCGUCGCGUUGCAGGACCGCUUUGUGAGCUCCCGGGCGGUGGUUUGCUGUCCAACCAUGGACCUCAUUGCAGUACUCACCCUUGAUCACCAUCUCGUCGUCCACCGGACAACAUCCUGGCAAAAGUUGCUACACAUUAAACCAUCCGAUGUCAGCUUUAAGAUGAUGACAUUAGUGUGGAGACCUGAUGGGCUGCAACUUGCAGUCGGGUGUGACGACGGCGACGUGGUAAUUUUUGAGAUUGAGUCCGGAAUAAGUCUACCUGACAGACGCAACAGCUUUCGCCAUGAACAUUGCAUUACUGCGAUGCACUGGGCUCAGAUCACUAAAGCUGGGGCUUCACACGAAACCCAGGGUGCCGACAAACGACAUCAUCGAAAGGUUCCCGGGGCUUUCGGUGAUGUCUGGAGCUCUCGUGACGCGAUAUCCCAGUCUAAGAUCCAGUUUAAAGGCCGAGCAUCAAGGUUUCUUGCGGUCAACGGUGAAACUGCUAGACAUGAUACCCUGCUAGUUACUGCGGACGAACGAGGUUUUAUUGCACUGUGGUGGAUGGGCAGGGUGCUCCUUACUCGUAUCGACGUGAGGAAACACUUUGGCGAAGAAGAGUUCCGGAUAUUAGACUCGGUGGGGCAUCAACAAGGUGAUACCGGGGGCUUCCGUGUUGAGCAAGUAAAUUUUGCGACAGAUGUGUCGCUUUUCUUCGUUCUGCUUGUGUUCUUCCGUGGUGGUAGCGUACAAGUUGACAACACGAUAGAUGGAGAGGUAGAGUCGAAGUUGUAUCGGAUAUUGGCCUUGGAUAUGACAGCUAUUCAGCAUAUCCACGAAGAUGUGGCACUUGUGGCAAGCACAGUAGAUUGCGUGCACACACUGCUUCAUCAAAUUACUACUUACGGCAGACAAAUGAGCACCGAAUGGAAAAAUGCAACGCGCAUUUUUGAGCUGAAGAUGGGGCUCAUCGGGCCGCUCUAUGAAAAAUACGCCUGUGAGGAUUUGCCGCAAGAAGAUAUGUUGUCGGUGUUGGUGACCGGUAUCACUCCGCCUGCGCUGGCCCAGUAUUUUGCUCAAGAUAUUCAAGAGAUGAGCGUGCAUCGAAUGCAGAAAGCUCUAUUCAGUGGCUGCGACUCACUUAGAACACUUGCUGAAGGCAAGUUGAAGCACGCUUUGGUGAACGUAUUGUUUCUUUUCUCGGAGUUGAGCGGUCAUGCCAAGUGGAAUACUCAAAACUAUGCAACUACUCUGGGAAUCACUGUUGGUGCCCUUGAUGACCUCGUCCAGGCAACACAAGAUGCUCUCAUUGAUGUGGAAGCGCUUAUAUUAGCAAUACACGAAACUCUUCAGGAUUUUGCGCUGUUUUUCCAGUGGCUUAUAGAACGUAUCCGCAUUCACACAAACUCGAAUCAAUUGAGAGGGGAAACACGUUCGACAGCAAUUGGUGGUCGCGACUGUGGAAAUCCAAGUAGCUCAAAAUCGCUUCUCAAUUUACGGCGCCUGUGCGAUUUCUUACAACGUGCUGCAGAAGCUGCUCAACGGUUUCGACAGCAACAACCAAAUCAAAGUGUGUACAAAGUUGAAACGACGUUUGGAAACUUAGUAUCUCUCCAGCUUUCGGCGCGGCCAAUUCCACAGAAAGGUAGAGUAGGUGCGGGAUUCUUUACCCUCAUUCAAUGUAUCCAAGAUCAGUGGUCAGCCAUGUUGGACGCGGUGGCAAAAACACUGGCGCAGACGACUAGACGCGAGAAGAGUGGAUGUUUUACUAUUGGUAGCACCAGCAACGCUGUCGAGGAAUGUCAUAUUCAUUUUCGGCAGCCAUUUAUCAAACCGAGACCAGAAGAGAUUGCUAAGAACGAGGAUCAGAGUGAUGACGACGAAAGUGAUGAUGAAACGAUUGAUUGGAACUCUCUCAAACAUUACGGGCACAAGCGGGAAGAUCAGGCCUAUUGCAGUACGAUCAUGGUCGGGUUUCGAUUACAAUCAGGUGUUCUACUGCUUCUGCGUGCACUUCAACGUGUGGAUUUGCUUCAGCUUCGACACAAAUCUCCCUCGCGCUUGAUAUGGGAUACUGCAGUAAUAAACUUUUCGUGUAGACCUCCUGCGGGUGCUGUUAUCUGCAGAACCUUUGACUUUUACGGAGAUGGGUCGCCAGACAAGCCAGAACGGCUUGCAUUCGUGCUGGACCGCGCAGCUGAUGGUCAAGUGCACCAAGAGUGGUUGUAUCUCCAGCCAUACGACAACGUUGAGUUUACACAUGCAAAUUCCUCUGUCUCAUUUGAGACGAUCAUAGCCCAGAGCGUCACUCACACCUUUACACUUGACGAUGCUCGAGGACGAGCCGUUGCGUCGUCUUCAGCUCCCUCGCACUCCGGGAAAACGGCAACAUCUGUGAUCUCGGCUGCAUCGAGAGGGGUUUUGUGCGUCAUCUUCCUACCUAAUCGCUUAGCUGUCUUCGAUGCAGAAGACUGCGAAGACGAUGACAGCGAAUACGAUGACAGCGUUAGUGACAAUUAA